AUGAUGUCCUUCUCUCAAAGACCCAACAGCACUCCGAAUCGACCACAUCCCUUCCAACACAAUACCUUGUUUGAUGCUAAUGCCAUUGCUCAUCAAUCUUGGUUGCAACAACAAUCGUUUGAUCGGGAUUUUAAUUAUGGCAUGAAUGCUCACAAGCAACAGCCCUCGAGUCAAGAAUGGCAGUUAUUUCCAUCGUAUUAUGAUCAUCAGCAAGCUCAAUGGAAGAAUUUGAAAACGGUUGAUGAAAUUUGUCAUGUAACAUGUAUGAUGCAUCAGGGAAUGCCUUCUCAGUUACGUAUUUUGACUUUUAAUAUUUGGUUUGAUCCGUACAUGAUGAAGGAGAGAAUGGAUGGAUUGAUGAGUGAGAUCUUUCCAUCAGCGAAUAAUAAUUUGGUAUUUAGCUCUUUUCCGAGUGUUGGAAGUAACAUUCCUGAUGUGUUGUGUUUUCAAGAAGUAACCACCCAAUCGUUGGAAAUGAUUGCUCAACAUCCCAUGAUCAGAAAUAAUUACUACUUGUCAGACUCACCAGACGACGCCUUUUGUUCAGUUUACCCCUAUGGAGUCUUGAUGGCUGUAAAGAAAACAUUACCCAUUCGAAAACUAUUUUACAAUACCAUGCCAUCGAAAAUGAAUAGAGCAGCAUUGUCAGUGGAAAUUGGAAAUUCACAAUACCAACAUGAAAAUAUUAUUGUCACAACCGUGCAUUUAGAAAGUUUAUCGAAUGCUGAUCUGAGAUUUCAGCAAUUGGAUGUUAUUGCCAAUUUUCAAAUUCCCUAUUCCCACGCGAUUAUUUGUGGUGAUUUUAAUUUCGAUAGCGAGAGAAAUUAUGAUGAAAAUUAUUUACCCUAUUUGGAAAACUCGUAUUUAACUUCAAACGCUCAUUUAAAACAAUAUCAAGAUGUGUGGAAAAUGUUAAAGUAUCCCAAUGAUUUAGGAAAAACAUUUGACACCACUGCAAAUGCAAUGUUAGCAAAAUGUUCUCACGAAGUAAUGAGAUACGAUCGAGUUUUAUUGAAAUCUUUUUUGAUACCGUCACGGCACACACAACUCAAAAAAUACUGGAAACCCAUUCAUAUUGAGCUACUCGGUACUAAACCUAUUGGAUAUGAUCAAAAUCGCAAGAUAGCAAUAAGCAUUUCUGAUCACUUUGGUAUUUUGACUGUCAUGGAGAAUGCACAAAUGGUUUGA